GAGGCCUUAUCUUCAGGCCCUGCGCACUUGUUGCUUCCUUUGGUGUUGGGCUUUCUGCUUGCUUAGCACACAGUUGUUAUUAUAUGCAGUGCACGUGUGUAAAAGCUGGACUGUGGAGAUAGGACUGAGCUGAAGCAGAGGGUGGAAGGGAGGACACUGGUCAGGUUCCUGACCCGACUUAGGAAGACUAACUCUAGAAAAUGCCAAGUAGGAAAUUUGCAGAUGGUGAAGUGGUGAGAGGUCGGUGGCCAGGAAGUUCACUUUAUUAUGAAGUAGAGGUUCUGAGCUACGACCAAAAGUCACAUCUCUACACGGUAAAAUACAAAGAUGGAACCGAACUUGAAUUGAAAGAGAAUGAUAUCAAGCUUUUAACAUCCUUUAAGCAAAGGAAAAGUGGCUCAACUUCCAGCUCACCCUCCAGACGCCGAGGGGGCCGGGGCCGAAGCCGUGGCAGCUGGUCCAGGUCACGCUCCAGAUCCCCUGGCAGACAGCCCAAAGGUUCCAGAAGGUCGGCUUCUGCUUCCUACCAAGCUGACUUUAAGGAAACGAUGGGUCAGAUUCUGGAGGUUAAAUUGACACCGCUUGUACUGAAGCCAUUUGGAAACAGUGUCACCAUCUACAAUGGAGAGCGGGAACACGGGGAGUGCAAUGACAUUCUUCAUAAAAACUCCCAGGAGAGAUUGAUUUUGUCACAAGAAAGUAGCUGUACAUCUUCACAAUAUAACCUUCGUCUGAGGAGAGAAGAGGUGCAAGCAAAAGAAGCCAGUUCUAAGGAAGAAAAGCUUGUUUCAAAAGAACCCGACUUGCUCAAAACCUUCAAAGUGACACCCAGCCCACAGAGGAAAGACGUGGAGUUUGGAGGAGUCCCUGGUAGGUUAGCAAGGCUGGCCGUGGGUCUGGUUGCUCCUGGGUGCCUUGCAAAUGCCUCUGGGUCACCUGCACCUGGUGAAGGGGGAGUUGUAGAAGGAACACCUCUUGUGGAUGGAAGAAGACUCAAGUAUAGAUUAAAUGGGUUCUACGCAUUCACCCUGACGUUGGCAGGGGUUGGAGCAGCUGUCUUCUGGGGCGUGGAGCUCUCUUGGGUGUAUAGCCAUUUCCUUCAGUUGGCGCUUGCGGCCACAGUGUUUUCGGUGGUCUUGAGUGUUUACCUCUAUGCUCGCUCUCUGAAGGCGCCCAGGAGUGAGCUGGCGCCCGCCAGCUCUGGAAAUGCUGUCUAUGAUUUCUUCAUUGGCCGUGAACUAAACCCUCGAAUUGGCACUUUUGAUCUCAAAUACUUUUGUGAAUUGCGUCCAGGAUUGAUUGGAUGGGUGAUUGUUAACUUGGUGAUGCUCUUGGCUGAAAUGGAAGUGCAGAACCGCCCCACUCCAUCCCUGGCAAUGAUCUUGGUGAACAGUUUCCAGCUCCUGUAUGUGGUAGAUGCUCUCUGGAAUGAGGAGGCUCUGCUGACCACCAUGGACAUCACGCACGAUGGGUUUGGGUUCAUGCUGGCAUUUGGAGAUCUGGUAUGGGUUCCGUUCACCUACAGCCUCCAGGCCUUCUACCUGGUCCGCCACCCCCAGGACCUGUCGUGGCCUGUGGCCGCGCUCUCCACCGCCCUGAAACUUUGUGGAUAUGUAAUCUUCCGAUGUGCAAAUUCUCAGAAAAAUGCAUUCCGGAAAAAUCCCAUGGACCCAAAGCUUGCGCAUUUAAAAACGAUUCAGACUUCUACUGGGAAGAGCCUGCUGGUGUCCGGAUGGUGGGGCCUCGUCCGCCACCCCAAUUACCUGGGCGACCUGGUCAUGGCACUGGCCUGGUCCCUGCCCUGCGGCUUUGGUCACCUUCUGCCCUACUUCUACGUCAUCUACUUUACGGCGUUGCUGGUCCACCGCGAGGCCCGGGACGAGCAGCACUGCCGGAGGAAGUACGGCCUGGCCUGGGAGCAGUACUGCCAGCGGGUGCCCUACCGCCUCCUCCCCUACGUGUACUGAGCCUGCACCCCCUCCCCCAAGGAGAGUCCCUAGGACUCUGUGUGCACUGGCGGGCUGUGAGUUUGUCGUCUUUUUGAGCUGGGACCAUAGAUGCAGAGUAGGUCUUCUAAUGUAGUCGGGUUCACUGUGUUCGUAUUAAAGUUUUACCCGUUCA